AUGUGGCAGCGAGCUUCCCGUGCCGCACUCGCGGCGUCCUUUUUUCUAUUCACACUUGCGAAUGCGAUUCCGCAUGGAGAUGAAGAUGGAAUGCACAUGGAUGAUGGCAUGGACAUGUCCAGUCACGAUUCGCAGCCCAAGGAACCUUCUGAUGCCAGCGAUGACUCGCCUAUGAGCUACUUUGCUUAUGGCAAGCACAGCGGUGCCAUCAUGGCGCACAUCGGCUUGAUGGUCAUUGCUUGGUGCUUCAUCCUCCCGAUCGCGGUCAUGCUUAGUGUUGGACGAUCCCGCUUUGCCCUGCCGUCGCAAUUCCUCUUUCUGGUCCUCAACGCGGUUGGCAUGCUUGUCGGAAUUAUUUACAACAGCCAGACUCCAGAUCUGUACGAAAACAACGCCCACCACAAGAUUGGCUGGAUCGCCACUUGGGUGGUCAGCGCGCAAGUGAUCAUGUCGUUGAUCUUCGCCUACGCUGGAAGAGGAGAGACUGAGACCGAUUCUUAUGAACGUGCGACCUUCCUGCCUGUCUCGACUGAUGAGAUGGCCGAUAGUCACCACACCUUCCCAGCUGGACCUCGCCACUCAUAUCGUUGGUCGAGAGACAGUGGACAGGGCACCGAAAGAAAUUCUUCCUCGAUCCACUGUCCAGAGUCCCCCUCGUGUGCCUCCGGGUCAGACGAGUAUGACGGGUUUGAAAAACCCGAGGAUUCUGUUCCUGAGAGCCCUCCCCAGUCACGCAGACCUAUGCGGAUCCCCGUCAUUGACCGCUUCCUGGCCAGCCGCGUCCCGGGCAUGGUGUCCAACCGUGUGCUUCGUGCCCUUUCGACUGUAUAUUUGAUCAUCGACAGGAUUAUCCUGCCUUUCGGGUUUGUCGCUCUGGUGACUGGAUUUGUGACUUAUGGCGGGAUCAUGCGCGGCAAGGAAGUUUUCAACGGACUUGCGCAUUUCAUCAAAGGCGGUAUUUUCGUGUGGUACGGUCUCCUGACCCUCGGACGGAUGCUUGGCUGCUGGGCAGAUCUGGGCUGGGCCUGGAACGUGAAACCAUCCAGCGCUAUUGUUGGUAAAGGAAAGGCCAGAGUCCCCACGGGCGAAUUCACCGAAUCAUUCGUGAUCUUCCUUUAUGGUGCAAGCAACAUGUUCCUGGAGCAUCUCACAGGAUGGGGCGGCAAGUGGACUGCGACAGAUUUCGAGCACGUCUCCAUCUCCAUCAUGUUCUUCGGUGGUGGACUGUGUGGUAUGCUUUUCGAGUCGAAGCGCGUCAAGAGUUGGUUGAACAGCACUGUCCUGCAAUAUCCAUCCCACAUGAACGCUCAUGCUUGCACCGAUACUGCCUGGCAGAUUCCCGACACUCAAGGCGUAUCUCUCAAUCCCAUGCCUGCCUUGAUCAUUCUUCUUCUGGGCAUGAUGAUGGGUUCCCAUCACCAAGAUAGCAUGGUAUCGACAAUGGUGCACACACAGUGGGGCAACCUUCUUGUUGGAUUUGCCCUUGCUCGAGGCGUGACUUAUAUCAUCAUGUACCUGAAGCCACCCACCUCCUACCUACCUUCUCGUCCACCGACCGAGAUUGUGGCUUCCUUCUGUCUCAUCUCUGGUGGUCUAGUUUUCAUGCUUAGCACACGAAGUGUGAUUCAGACUAUGGAAUACUACGAGCUUGAUGCGAUGUUUGUGUUCACUGUCACCAUGGGCUUGACCGCCUUCAUCAUGGCCUACGAAAUCCUCUCUAUCGCAAUCAAAGCCUGGGCGGUGAAGCGGGAAUCCCGCCCACAGCUGGCACCUUAUCAGUUUCCCGCCUAA